CAUCCCGUAAUCUGUAGCUAUUGUGUUUCCGCGGAAGUACAUGAUGCGUGAAAUUCGGGCAAUAGCUAUUGCCUGGAUAUUACUUAAUUUGUUGGCCCGCGGGAGAUCCGAUCGGAUCGAUGCAAUCAUUGGAAACUUCAUUACUGAUGUGAGCUCAUCACUUCUCGUCUCGUCCAGCUUCACUGGGUUCUUCUGUAUGGAGUCAGACGACAUCGUAAAAUUCUCAAGACAAAUCUCCCGGAACUAUCUCCUGCACAAAAUCGCAUCUUUCAACGAUUCAGAUCUGAUUGACAUCUCUCAGAUCGCCACUCACAAUCAUUACUUCGUUGUUGAUCUAGAUUGUCCGGACGGUGCUGACUUCCUCAUUAAGGCAAACACAAGAAGACUGUUCAUCGCACCUGCCAAAUGGCUCAUACUUCGGGAUUUGCGGAAUCAGGAUGAACUGCGAGGAUUACCUUAUCUGCAAUCGAUGGUGGAAAUGAACGAGGACACGUUGAUCAGCCUGUUGAGCAACUUCGACAUCUUCCCUGAUAGUGAAGUUAUCGUCGGCCAGAGAUUGAACGAAACUACCGUACAGCUGUCGUCACUGUAUCGUCCCAAUUCUGAUCACAGCCUGACCAUCGAGAAUCUAGGGAGCUGGGAUGACGAAGGUGGUCUGUGUCUUUGCAGUCACGAUCAAUCUUCGAGGAGGAGAGUCAAUCUGCAGGGGACUGUUCUGAAAACGAGUCUCGUGAUGACAGAUCUCAACACGAUUAAUCAUCUCACCGAUUACCAAGAUAAGCUGAUCGAUGCUGUUACCAAAGCCAGUUAUAUGUGGAUCGUGUAUCUUUCGGAACGGAUGAAUGCAACCUUCAACUUCACGGUGGAGCGCACAUGGGGGUAUAAAAAUGAAGAUGGCAAUUGGAACGGGAUGAUUGGACUAUUGGACCGCGGGGAAAUUAAUAUCGGAGGCACUGCGACUUUCAUGAUAUCGCAGAGAAUCGGAGUUGUUGAUUAUGUUCAGUUGUAUACACCGACAGGAUCGAGAUUCUUGUUUCGACGACCUCCAUUGUCAUACGUCAGCAACAUCUUCACUCUCCCCUUCGCCCGCUCCGUUUGGAUCGCCAUCGUAGCUUUUCUAACCAUCAGUUUCGGGUUUUUGUAUAUAACCAUGAAGUGGGAAUGGGAGAAGAUGCAGGCAAUACCUUUGGAAUCCCGAUUGGGGGGAGAUUUGGAGGGGAAACCUACUGUCACUGAUAAUCUUCUCGUUUUACUUGGUGCUAUUUUCCAACAAGGUUUCAGUUGUGAGCCCCGAACCAUUUCGACGCGAAUCGUCGUUCUCAUGGUCCUGCUAAUCGCUCUAAGUUUAUAUGCUGCUUACACAGCGAACAUCGUGGCACUUCUCCAAUCUACUGCAGACUCAAUAAAAACAUUGGACGACCUGAUGAACAGUCCUCUGAAAAUCGGGAUAUUCGAUAUAGUUUACAACAGAUACUACUUCGGGGCGUUUGAGGAUCCCGUGAGAAAGGAGUUCUAUGAGCGAUUGGUGAAAGAUAAGCCGGCGGUUUGGAUGCCCCUCGAGGAAGGAAUUCGGAAAGUCAGAGAGGGACUGUUCGCUUUCCACGUGGAUUUGGGGUUCGGUUAUCAGAUGAUGCAGGAGACCUACGCGGAGGAUGAAAAAUGCGGGAUCGAGGAGAUUGAUUACUUGAAGGUUUAUGAUCCGUUGCUCGUUAUCGAGAGGCAGUCGCCCUUCCGGGAAAUUAUACGCGUUGGAGCCUUAUGGAUAGCUGAAACAGGGCUGAAACCUCGUGUCGCCUCGAAAUUCUUCACUCAGAAACCACCUUGCAUUGGGAGCACGAGUUUCGUGAGCGUCGGAAUCAUUGACUGCUACGUAGCCAUGCUCGCCAUCGUCUACGGCUGUGCUAUCAGCGUUGGGAUUCUCCUCCUGGAAAAUCUGUGGCGAAGAUGUAUUGGGGAACGUCGGAGUCAUGAUAACACUCCAUUGAAGACUUCUCUUCCCGAAUCUUCAUUAACGAGAGACGAAAAGUCCGCAACACAAUCAUCAACAAGUCUUCAAAUUGAAGAACUUUUCGGAUAAUCAAUUUAAUUGGUCAUGAGAAUAUUGCAAAUGUACAUAUGGCUAAUCAAAUUACUCUGCGUUAUCGUUCAUAACUGGAGAAGAUGUUAAUGUAAUUGUAUUGAAUAGCGUAAG